GUCUCGAGUCCUCUUUCCCUUUCGUCUCUGGGUGUGUGUUGUGUGAGUGAACGUUAAUCCAUUGACUUCGCACCACAGCAGUUGAAUUUCAGCACAACAUGACUAAAGCACCAGCUAUUGGUAUAGAUCUUGGCACAACCUACUCUUGUGUUGGAGUUUUUCAGCACGGCAAGGUCGAAAUCAUCGCAAACGACCAAGGAAAUCGUACCACGCCAAGCUAUGUUGCCUUCACGGAUGAAGAGCGCUUGGUUGGCGAUGCCGCGAAAAACCAAGUCGCAAUGAAUCCUACUAAUACUAUUUUCGACGCUAAGCGUUUGAUCGGUCGUCGUUUCGAUGAUCCUGGGGUAAAGGACGAUAUGAAGCACUGGUCUUUCGAGGUAGUGAACGAGGCAGGUCGACCGAAAGUGAAAGUGGAGUAUAAAGGAGAAACGAAGACCUUUUUCGCCGAGGAGAUCUCUUCUAUGGUUCUAAACAAGAUGAAAGAGACAGCGGAAGCUUACCUCGGUUGCAAAGUGACAGACGCUGUUGUCACUGUCCCUGCGUACUUCAAUGACUCCCAGAGACAGGCCACUAAAGAUGCAGGGGUUAUUUCUGGUUUGAAUGUGCUCCGAAUCAUCAAUGAGCCAACAGCGGCAGCUAUUGCCUAUGGCCUUGACAAGAAAGUCGGUCAGGAGCGAAACGUCCUCAUCUUUGAUCUAGGAGGUGGUACGUUUGACGUCUCCGUCCUCAGUAUUGAAGACGGAAUCUUUGAGGUGAAGUCGACUCACGGAGACACUCAUUUGGGAGGAGAAGACUUCGACAAUAACAUGGUGGACUUCUUUGUCAAGCAGUUCAAGCAGAAAUACAAGAAGGACAUUACCCCUAACAAGCGUGCCUUGCGUCGUCUGCGCACCGCUUGUGAGCGUGCCAAGAGGACGUUGUCUUCUAGCACCCAGGCCAGUAUCGAGAUUGACUCACUGUAUGACGGCAUCGACUUCUACACCUCAAUCACCCGUGCUCGCUUUGAAGAGAUGAAUGCCCAUCUAUUCAAGAAAACACUGGAGCCUGUGGAAAAAGCCAUCAAAGACUCCAAGCUUGAAAGCAAGGAGAAGAUUGAUGAGAUUGUAAUGGUGGGAGGCUCCACUCGCAUCCCAAAGAUCCAAUCUUUGCUUCAGAACUUCUUCAAUGGCAAGGAGCUGAACAAGUCCAUCAACCCCGAUGAGGCUGUUGCAUACGGUGCCGCUGUCCAGGCUGCCAUUCUUCAUGGUGACAAGAGUGAGGCAACCCAGGACCUGCUGCUACUCGAUGUAGCGCCGCUCACCCUUGGUCUGGAGACUGCCGGCGGGGUGAUGACCGCUGCCAUCAAGCGCAACACCACCAUCCCCACCAAGCAAACCCAGACCUUCACCACCUACUCCGACAACCAGACCAGUGUGUUGAUCCAGGUGUACGAAGGAGAAAGGAGCUUGACUAAGGAUAAUAACCUAUUGGGGAAGUUCGAGCUCUCUGGUAUCCCACCCGCACCGCGUGGUGUGCCACAGAUCGAUGUCACCUUUGAUGUCGAUUCAAAUGGCAUCCUGAAUGUGUCUGCGGUUGACAAGAGCACCGGUAAAGAGAACAAGAUCACUAUCACCAACGACAAGGGAAGGCUUUCCAAGGAAGAUAUUGAGCGCAUGGUCAAGGAGGCCGAGAAGUUCAAGGCUGCUGAUGAAGCUGUCCGCGAGAGGAUUCAGUCGAAGAACUCCCUUGAGAGCUACGCCUUCAGCAUGAAGAGCACCAUGGAGGACGAGAAGGUGAAGGACAAGCUGAGCGAAGACGAACGUGAGAAGGUCAUCUCCAGGUGCAAGGCGACCCUGGACUGGCUCGAACAUAAUCAAUCUGCAGAGAAGGAAGAGAUUGACGCGCACCAGAAGGAGCUCGAGGGCGUGUGUAACCCCAUCAUCACCAAGCUGUACCAGGGAGCGGGUGGAGCAGGUGGAGCAGGUGCCGGCGGUAUGCCUGGAGGGAUGCCUGGGGGUAGACCGACUCCAGGUGGUGGUGACGCUGAAUCUGGUGGACCAACCAUCGAGGAGGUCGACUAAAUGCCACUUUCCGACUCCUGUUAGCUCGAUGUUCCAGUUGUAGGUGAAAGAGCUCCUUCAAUGACCCGUGAAUGAACUUAUAAUAAUUGAACAUAUCACUAGUCAAACGGAACACAAGCGUUUAAGAAGUAAAGACUGCUCAUUCAAAGUUAGAUUACCUCGUAGUGGGAUAUUUGUCUGUCUGAGUAGCUAGUAUUUGCUGCUUUUGGCUUGUUGCCGUUGUUUGGGAUAAGGGAUAUCGGAUUUGACAACAGUUGAUUGUAAGAGGUUUGUAGUGGUCACGCACCAUUUGUGUCACCGCUGUACCAUAAAGAAAAUAUGAACUAGACGUUAGCAAUAAAAAAACUCAUUGAACCAUC